AUGGAAUUCUCAAUACAUAAUUUACAGAAAUAUAAACUGGCUGUACACAUCGUACAGUUAGCUAUGGCAGUCGUCAUAUGGGUGUUAGACAUCAUCGUUAUGCGAUCAACUGCAACGGUCGAUGGAAGACUGGGAUGGAAUUUCGGUUAUACAUUCUUAGUUCUACCCGCAGUCAUAUAUCUUACCAUGACCGUACGAUUCCCCAGGACGCGAAAAUUCGCAAACCCGUAUGCGCUGUUGGCGAUUGAUCUCGUUUGGUGUAUCAUGGCUUUGUCGGCUUUUGCAGCGGUCGCAAACUGGAAUUCCACGGGGAAAUGUGGAAGUGGUUGUAAAGUGAGCAAGGCAGUGGUGGGAUUAGGUGUAUUCUUAUGGCUCUUCUGGAUUCUCUCAACAGCAAUGUCAUUCUAUGGUCUGGUGUACUACAAGAGAGAAGGAUAUCUUCCCGGCGCAUCCCGAGCUCCCAACAACGCAGCCAUGAUCGAUCCCGAUAAAGAAGCUUUCUCCACCGCUCCCCACGAUGACGAAUACGCACCAGUGCAUGAUGUAGAAGAGCAUGAAGAGCAUGAAUUACACGAUGAUGGAUAUCCCGGUGGAAACUUCGUAGGUAGAGUUCACUCACCAGAUUACGAACCUUCGAGUUAUGGAGGAUCAUAUGCACCUACAUCGACGGCUCAUCAUGAUGAUUUGGAAGCCUCAACCGCGUAUACCGGAUAUAGUGCGAGUGGAUAUGGCGGAUCACAGAAUUCGAGGACGGGGCGCGCUCAGUUUCCUGAGGGGAAUUAUGGUAAUAUUCCAGUUAUUGGUGAACCAUGA